UCACCAAACAUCCAGGUAUAUAAAAGGCCCUUGGCAAAUGGGAACAUCCACACUCCAGAAACAUACUGCUUAUCUUCCUCUGAACACUCUACUCCUGAUAUCAUGUGUUACUAUGGAGGAUACUAUGGAGGCCUGGGCUAUGGCUAUGGUGGCCUAGGCUGUGGCUAUGGUUAUGGUGGCUAUGGCUGUGGCUAUGGCUGUGGCUAUGGUGGCUAUGGUUAUGGCUGUUGCCGCCCACUGUGCUGUAGAAGAUACUGGUCCUUUGGCUUCUAUUGAAAAAUUUCUGUAUCUACCCAGCCUUGAUGACUGGAAGUACUCCCAAGAAUUAUCACAGGAUGCAAUAGAGAAUGUCUUCAAAAAUACUAACUUUAUACCAAAUAUCUGAAAAUACUUGAAACACAACAUGACCAUUUAUUGUUUCACCUUAGGUUGGAUAGUCAUCAGCAACAAAAUUGUUUAUAAAAACAUUUAUCUUCAUAAUGUUUAAAAAUGUUUUCAACAAUAACUCAGCAUCUACAUAACAUAUUUGAAUUAUCAAGUAAAUAAAUGCAUAAGUGGAACAAAA